UCGAGAUUAUUUUUCUAUUUAACAAUGAUCAGCCACUUACAUCCGCCUAGACGCUAUCGGUAUAUACUGACUACUUCGUUCGAUCAAUUCGCAUUCUAAAAGUUCCUUCUAUGUACUCUCUCCUCUUCUUCAUGCUUUGUAACAGCGAUUGAUCAAUUGAGAUUGGAGGCGUUUGUUACCGGGCGAUCCGAGUUCAUUCAUCGAGGCUCUAAACCAAAUCAGUUGAGUCCGAUAAGCUACACAUGGUAUUGACAUACUUGAGAAGAUUUCUCUCAUGAUAUGGCGCGAUCAUAUCUCUACCCAUAUCUCAAUGAUCACUCUUUGCUUCGUUUUCUCAUCGUUAGUUGCGACAAGAAACAUCAGUAUCACGUGAUCAUAUCAUCAUCUGACUCGUGCACCUUCCCGUCACUUGACUUUAACACCUGAGAGCACUUUGGUAAGAUGACUAUUCCCGUCUACAACACAGUGGAGUAUGAGGGAGAUGAGGAUCAAAACAAAAAGCAAACAAACGGGUCAACACACUCGCAAUUUCAAUGCUAUAAUUGCUUUUGAAAUGAGAAUUUCUUUGCAUUGUGUUUCGAAGCAAGGAUUUCCCUUUCAAACAUGAGCGCCGUGUUCACUAUGCAUCAUGUGCUCGUACAACAGCAUGAAACUGCAUUUUAUCAAUUCUGUAUCAAAAUCAAACACAUUCAAAGCGAAAUGUUACAUUCUUUCUUUCUCGAACGUUUUUGCUUCUUUUCCAUAUUUCCAUCUCUGUCGAGUGAAUAGAGAUUCAAAAGAUGGUCAACCACAUAUAUUAUGAACUCCCAGCGGAUCCCAUAGAAAAUACUCCUAGGCCUCUUACUUCAUCACAACCACAAAUACAACCACAAUCGCAACAACCACCUUCAUUGCCUCCCCGAAGUUCUUCGGCUUCAUCACCUGACGAUAAUGCGACGAUUCGAGGUGUUCCUGGAGAUGACCCAUCUGCUAUACCUCUACCACUCUUUACACGUCGAUCAAAUUCGAAUCUCUUGAAUCAAACUUCAGCAAACUCUACCCACAAUAUCACAUCAACACCUUCUCCGAAUAGACCUCCUAUACCCACUGUUGAGUCAUACGAAACCAGCUCUUCCGAGAACCCAUCACCUCUCCCGCGUGACAGAUCAGAUUCCAGUAUCCACACCGGUCCAGCUCUUCCACCCCGAAGAAUCUCUCAACACAACCCAAAUGAAGUUUACUAUACCCGAGAAUCUCAUAGAGUGGUCGCAUAUCUUAUACCUCUCCCUAAACCAAUCGAUGUUUCUGAUGCAGAAUUUCCUCAGCGCUACCUAGUAUAUACACCACCAGCUGCUCAUCUUCUUAAACCAGCUGAAGGCAUUAAAGAGGGUAAACGACAUAAGGGAAAACGAGUCUGGCAGCGUGAGGUCAAGAAAGCCAAGACUUAUGAUGGUAAAACUAUGAGUCUCAAAGGACUUCAUAGUAAAACCACCAGAGGAGUAGUCUGGGGAAUCAAUUCCAUCAAAAAUACAGACAUCACGUUUCUCAACCGAGUGCCAAGAAAAGAAAUCGAAGAACUUCAUCUGAUAUACCCACCCACCAUACCUUAUUCACCUAUCGACCUCCGCAACCAAUUCCUUUCCCAACUAACCCGCACUAAAGCCCGUGCUAAAAAACAUGCUGCAAUCUCUACUCUUCUCCUCCUCCCCACCCUUUUAAUAGACACAUUUGCCGCCGUCAUCUGGCCUUUCGGUGGUCUCUUCGAAGUAGACGCCGUAUGGACUUUCACCUCCGUUCGCGGCUAUCUCGUCUCUCGCUCCGUAACCAAAAGAUUAUCCUCCCAGGACACAAUUCAUGAUCACGAACAAAUGCGCAUCCAAGAUCGAGAAUUGUACCUCCGCUUUCAUAAAUCUGAACAAUUGAGAAUCUUAGAGAGAUAUGUCAAAGAAUUAUGUCAUAAGCAGAAUCCGAAGAGAUUUGCAAGUGCGGGGGUGCCACCGACAGAAACGGAGGUUUUGAAAGCGAUGGGAUGGGAACCGGAUAUGAGAGGGAGGGUUAAGAGUGGGGAGAGAGGGGGGAUGCCAGAGGGCGGGAUGAGGGACUGGGAUGAUGAGAGGUGGCAGGAACGAGAAGCAAAAGAUGAUUUACUUGGGGUUUUGGGGAAGGGCGCAAAGAGUUGGGAUAAAUGGUGUAAGAAGUGGGAGAAAAAUCCAAAGAAGGCGGAGAAGAAGUGAAGGGAUGGGAGUUGUGAAGUGUAAUUGAAUGUAUGAUUUAGCGUAAUGUAAUAUAUGAAUUUAUGUAAUUUGACGAUUCAUAUGAAGGACGUUGUUGAAUCU